AUGGAUAUUGAUGUCCUAUUUCGUAUUAUUAAAUUUUGGAUCUAUCUUAUUCUUCUUAUUCCAUCAAUAAUUUGUUCGUUAUUUGUUCUCUGUUAUCUUUUAUUCGAUCGAAACUUACAUCGUGCACUUCAUAAUCAUGUAAUUAUUAUUCUUCUCUUGAUUUGUUUAAUUUGUCAAGUAACUAUUUAUCCAUGGAUGCUCUAUUUCUAUAAUAAUCAUAUUUAUUGGCCAAGAUCAUAUAUUUUUUGUAGUAUUUGGGGGUUUAUUGAUUGGGGACUAUAUAUAACACAAAUAAUACUCUUUGCAUGGGCUUCAAUUGAAAGACAUAUUCUUAUUUUUCAUGAUCGAUGGUUAUCAACUAGAAGAAAACGUAUUUUUAUACAUUAUCUUCCUCCUAUUUUACUUCUACUCUAUUGUUUUAUCUUUUAUGGAAUUGUUUAUUUUUUUCCAUUUUGUGUAAAUUCCAUUAAUUAUUAUGCUGCUGCAUGUAUCGUUUGUUGUACAUAUAAUAACAAUGUAUUUAGUUUAUGGGAAACUAUAGUUAAUCAAUUACUACCUCAUUUAAUUAUUAUAAUAUUUAGUAUUGCCUUAAUUUUACGUGCACUUUGGCAAAAUCAUCGUGUACAUCAACGAAUUCAAUGGAGAAAACAUCGAAAGAUGACUAUUCAAUUAUUAUCCAUAUCAUUUCUUUAUCUUACAUUUUCUUUUCCAAAUACGUUCAUGAUUUUCUUAUAUUUAUGUGGUUUACCAUCUAAUACAAGUGGUGAUGUAAAGAAAUAUGCAGAAUUUUUCAGUUAUUUGAUUAUAUUAUUUUUUCCUUUUGUUUGUAUUUUACCAUUAUCUAAACUUCGAAACAAAAUUAGAAAAAUUUUAUUAUGUCGAAAACGACGACAAACAAGAUUUAUUCGUCCUGAAAUAUUAACUGCAAGACAAACAAAAUGA